CUUCAACUAGUUUGAACAAUAUCUGUUCUUUCUUUCACCUCCAUCUUCACCUCCCCUCCCGCUAUCCUUUUCUUAUUUUCUUUUUCUCCAGCGGGUCCGGGACUCCUUUACUUCAUUCUUUUCUCCGAUUCUUCUGUCUUAUUUGACCGGAAAUGUUCGUACGACCCACUUUGAUCUUGGCUUCUGUGACUCUGGCGCUGGCGGCGGUGGUUCCGAAGAAGCGUGCGACUGUGUGCAACGGACACGCUGAGCUGUGCGACCGACUCUACUCAAACGUCACGUACAUCGGCGCGCACGACUCCUUCGCGUUCAGCAAAGAUCCCCUUGCCCUUGCGCGCGACCAAGAGAUCGACAUCCCGUCGCAACUCGCGCUGGGCGUGCGACUUCUACAAGCUCAAUCGCACAUCGACAACGGCGUCCUCAAGUUCUGCCACACCUCUUGCACGCUGUUCGACGGGGGCUCCGUGCAGGACUACCUCACGAAAGUCAAGACCUUCCUCGACGCGAACCCGAACGAAGUGCUCACGCUCAUAUUCACGAACCCCGACGGCGCAGAUCUGCAAACUCAGUGGAAGCCCGCAUUCGAUAACGCGGGCAUCUCGGAUCUCGCGUUCGUGCCGCCAUCGCUGCCCGUUAAGCAAGCCGACUGGCCGACGCUCGGGCAGAUGAUCGAUUCGGGCAAACGCGUGGUGGUGUUCCUGGACGCGGGCGCCGACGGCGCGAACCCCGUCGACUUCAUCCUCCCCGAGUUCCCGAUGAUCUGGGAGACGCCGUUCUCCGUCACGGACAAGACGUUCCCGUGCUCCAUAGACAGGAUCGCGGGCCCGCUGGGCGCGGCGGACCACAUGUACAUGAUCAACCACUCGUUCAACGUGAAUAUCCUGCCGUUUGGGGGUGGGGUCAUCGUCAGCGACCCGCUCGACGCCCCGACGACGAAUAGUGUUGAUUCUAUCCUCGCGAACGCUGCUGGAUGCAACGCCCUGGGCUCUGGACGAGCCCCCAACUUUGUGCUGCUCGAUUUCGUCAAUCUCGGGCAAGGGUUUGCGGCCGCAGACAAGUUGAACGGUCUUGCUUGAAGCUGGGUUGGAGCGUCGUCAUUAUUACUUGGGCAGUUUCGCUUUGCAUAAUGGGUAUAUCAGUUCAGUUGGUAGUAACUCUCGCGGUCACGGAGGUACAGCACCUUCCAGCAAGUGGUACUUACCUGAAUGGUCUGAGUUGCCAGUGGAACGUUUGUCACUGUCACUCUCGCUCGCCUUCCGGGAUUUCAAAUAAGUCGUCACGGGACAAAGGGGUCACUGGUCAAUCAACGACGCGUCGCGUGUCUCGACUUGAUCUCUCUUCAUCUCCCCCAUGAAUCAAGACGACUCCAUUGGAAUUCUAUUUUCCUUUUACGACUAUGGCCCCAUUCAACCUAACACCGACGAGUUCGAGCAACCGAAACGCAUGCGAUUCUGGGAUGGGCCUAUCCGCGCAUUUCUUCGAGACCAGGGGGCUACAUGAUGAAUGAUUUCUGCUUGUUGGAAGAUGAAGUAAUCGACUCGAUCGGAUGCUACAUGUUUCCCGAGACGCCUUGUGCUACAGCGAGGCCCCAGGAUCCCCGCUUUGCGUCUAUGGAAUCAUCCCCAGCGGAGGCUUGGAGGGUGUUGUACACAAAGCCUUUUAGGCACAUACCGAUGGUAGACACGUCUUUGCUCAGGAAACCGAGCAUCCGGAGAACCAUGUCGCCAUCAAGCUCAUUCGGCACGACAGCCCCGAGCACCACAUUAUGAAGCUUUUGCAAGAAGAGGCAGAGGGGAAACCUAUUCGCGGCCUAGUUCCCGUUCUCAAGCUUCUACCGUUUGGUGGGCAUUGGCUUGCGGUCAUGCCGCGGUGCGUGAGAGUAUUCAACGGCUGUUCCUGACUGAGCGAUCGAGUCAAGGUGGGGCGGCAAUGUUGACAGUCCACGACCCCGGACUAUUGGGCAGGUGCUGGACUGAUUUGAAGAUGCGCUUUCUGGCUUGGCCUACCUGCAUGAGCGGAGAAUCGUCCAUAAGCAAUAUGCUGGUCAACCAUGUUCCCAUCCGGGUCGAACUGUUUGAGGAAAUGUCCAAUCCUAUACGUCUGCAGUUGAGGGAACAAGGGCGACUGAAAUUGGCUCUGUUCGACUAUAUCCUCUCGCUUGUCUUCCCGAGAGACACUCUCUUGGCGCUCGCUUGCUCGCCUUUUGAGGAUCAUUGGAUCGGUCAGUGGAAAACAGACUCCGAUAUCGCUCAGGGUGACUAUCAAUACAACCCUUUUGCUCUGAGAAAACGCACACACCUUGCGAGGAAUUUAUAUCUGCAAAUCCUUCGAAGGAACGACCUUGUCCAAGGAACCGGCGGGGUCCGAAGAUGCCCCCACCGCUUGACAAAGUCGUCGGGCAAUCCCGCCCACCGGUCGUAUUCCGUCACAUGAAUGAACCGCUUCUUGACCGCAGGAAGUGGCUGCUUAUCCAGGUCCCCGCUCUCGGCUCUCAAUGAGCGUAGCAGGCCAAGUGCCCCGGACGCUGUCAGCCGAGACGGGACAUGCCAAUGAAGCAUCCCGUCGAACAGAGGUGCCAGGAUGGGCACAUAAGGUUCUCACACGCGCACCUGCAGAUCGACGCAAAGAUCCCCGGCCAAGAUAGACACGUCCGCCGCAAACGGGUCGUAGUCGUAUUCUCCUUGAUAUAUUUCGUCAGUCCACUUGUAUGCCCCGAGCCAGAAUUCAGCAUAGGGCAGCCGGGCGGAGGCUCGAUCAGGGAAGAUCAGCGCAACAUCAAAGUCGAAGAUCGCAUGCCGCAGAACGCCUGCGUCUCGCAGCGCUUGUCGGGUCGCCGGAGGGUCAUCUAUUUCAGUCGCCAGGACAGGUACGUGGUUGACCAGGGUGUUCCUGUAGGAGUGAUCCUGCAGGGCAUCAGCGCGAACACGAAGCGCUGCAGAUUUGGA